UGAAAUACAAAAAUGGGUAAUAACUCAUGUUGAUACUCGCAAGAAGCAACCGAGGAGCCUACCGUAAGCCAUUUCGGAGGGUUUGAUCGUACUCUAGCCAUACGUUCUUCAGCUAAACAUAGAAUUCAAGAUCCCUUUGAGACGUCUGAAAUCUUGGGCUUGUCAAGAUUUCAGGUCGGUAAAUCUGAAAGAUCUAGUUUGAAUAAAGACAAUCCAGAAGAAAGUUGAGAAGUCAUCAUUCUUAGUGAACAAUCUGAAGUUGAAGAGAGCAGUGCGAAAGCAGAUCAUAGUGCAAAUGAGUCUUGUAUAACUAUCUUGCUUGAUGACAGUAGCAAGGAGGAGAGUGAACAGGGUCAGGAGAAUUAAUAUUUCAGAGCCUCAUUCAUGAGAGCUGUAUACCCGGUCAUGUAUCACUCUAUUAAUUA